AUGCCUCCGCGUCGCCGCUCCGCCUCCGGCUACUUCGGCGUCCGGGCGCGGCCAAGAGGCCGCUUUGACGUGGAAAUCCGCUCCGGCGACGAGCGGAUCCGCCUCGGGACAUUCGACACGGCGCACGAGGCGGCGCGGGCGUACGACGCCGUCGCCUGGCGCCUCGGCCGCUCCCAACGGACGAUGAACUUCCACGACGUCCGGACGCGGGAGCGGCGGAGGCGCUCGCGCCGCCAUCGCCAGCCAUCACGCGCGAGCAGCAGCGCCGCCGACGGGAGCUCGAGCAGCGGCUUCUCAUCGCCGAGCGCGACGAACGCCUCCGCCUCGAAUUCUUCGUGGUGGCAAGCGGAGCCAACUGCACCUGGAAAGACCUGGCCGGAAACAGGUCAGAUUAUUCAUAAUUUGAAGCAAAACAGCUACGAUUGA